AGUUUGAAGGCUGAUUGAGCAGAAAAAAAGUCUUCAAAAAAUAUAUAGAUUCGUAUGAAGAUCACGUGAAAGUCGAAACCCGGAGCAGAUCAGGACGGUAAGGUCUACAAGGUCUCUUCAGUAUCUGGUUCUAAAACAAUCUUGCACAUUAUAUUUUUCAUUUUAUAACACAGUUAAAAUGUGACUUCGAUCUACUCUGGGGACAAAAGCAUUAACUUUAAUUAUUUGGUUUAAUGUGUUAUUUAUUUUCAGAUUUUUAUUGGAUUAUUAAAAUGAGACCAGUCCUGCUUUUGGGCAUUGUGUUGGGGUUGCCCUGUAUGACCAUCCAAAAUGACUACGAUGACAGCAGCUCCCAUGGAAAUGAGCACAGUAACGAUGGCCUGGAUAUCUACCAAAACAAUGCUGGCUUUGCUUUCCAGCUCUACAAGCACAUCACUGCCCAGCCGGAAUCCCAGUCUAAGAACAUCUUCUUCUCCCCCAUGAGUUUGUCGCUGGCCCUGGCUGCUCUGUCUUUGGGGGCGCGAGAACAAACACACCAGCAGCUUUUCAACGGUCUGGGGUUCAACGAGACGGAGAUUGCACCAGAAGAGGUGAAUGAGGCCUUCCAUGGCAUCCUGAUGAAUCUCAACAAAAAGAAGGAAGUGGAGGUCUCUGUAGGAAGUGCCCUCUUUGUCAAAGACACCUUCAAGCCCCAUCCUGAGUUUUUAGAAAAUCUGAAGCGAUUUUACCACGCUGAAGGAUUUACUGUGGAUUUCAAUAAGACUGCUGAGGCCACAGAACUUAUUAAUAAUUAUGUAAAAGAAAAAACCCAUGGUAAAAUAACUAACCUAGUUAAAAAUCUGAACACAGAUGCAAUGAUGUAUCUAAUCAGUUACAUUUAUUUCAAAGGUAAAUGGGAGUUGCCUUUUAAUCCUCUUAACACUAAGGAGAAUAACUUUUAUGUUGAUGAAAAUACAACAGUUUCUGUUAAAAUGAUGCAUCAAAGGAAUAGUUUUCUUGUAUAUCAUGAUGAAGAAAUAGCAGCAGAUAUUCUUCAGCUGCUUUAUCGAGACUCGGUUUCUAUGAUGCUGGUUCUUCCCGAAAACGAACUGAAGGCAUUGGAAGAAAUUUUACAGGGACAUCAUGUGGAAAAAUGGCAUAAAUGGAUUGAGAAAACUGAAUGUGAAGUCUUUCUGCCCAAAUUUUCAAUAUCAACAUCAUAUUCUCUUGAAGAUGUUUUGAAAAACAUGGGAAUCAUCGACAUUUUCAGUGAGAAGGCUAACUUUGCAGGCAUUUCAGAAUACCCAAGAAUACCAAAGACCUCAACGAUUAUCCACCAUGCUACUUUAGACAUUGAUGAACUGGGAACUACUGGAUCGGCAGUGACAACAAUUGCCAUAAAACCACUUUCAUUUUUUUCUCCACAUACCCUAAAUUUUAAUCGUCCUUUUUUGCUUGUCAUAUACAGUCACGAAACCAAGAGCAUACUUUUCUUGGGAAGAAUUCUCAAUCCAGCAGACUCAUAGAUCUGUUGUCAUACUUUAAUGUUACAACAUCACCACAUAAAUUAAGCUGUUGUUAACUAGGUCUGAGAGAAGAACUGUAAUAAAUGUAGAAAAAGACUCUUGACUGUCAGGGAUAUUUCAUUUAGCAAUAUUUCAUUUAUCAGCUUUUCUAGUAAUUUUAUAUUUUGAACUGUGUGUA